AAUCUUUCCGAGGAUGGGAUUAAGCGCGUAGUAUAAAUCACACGGGGCAUCUAAUAUCGCACCCUUUUCACCUUCUUCCUUUUCUUUUCAUCUCUCCCUCUCUCUGUAGAAUCAUCAUCAUCAUCCUUCCUAGAGCAUCGGAACAACGGUUGAAAGCUGAAAUAUCUUUUGUUUGCUUUUUUCAAGAAUCUGUAAAAAAGAAGGAAAGAAAAUCUUGAUUUGGUUCGUUUGUAGUAAUCGAAACGAUCUGAGAUACAAACACACAGCAAAGGUAGGUUUUGGAUCGGAGGAAUACUAAUAUAAAUCUAUUAUCAGAUGGUGAAGGAAACAGAAUACUAUGAUGUUUUGGGGAUUAAGCCUACAGCUACUGAGGCUGAAAUUAAAAAAGCUUAUUACGUCAAGGCUCGGCAGGUCCAUCCAGAUAAAAAUCCUAAUGAUCCUCUAGCUGCUCAAAAUUUUCAGGUUUUGGGAGAGGCAUACCAAGUACUUAGUGAUCCAACACAACGCCAGGCUUAUGAUUCUUAUGGCAAAUCAGGAAUUUCAACGGAAGCAAUUAUUGAUCCAGCAGCAAUUUUUGCAAUGCUUUUUGGGAGUGAACUUUUCGAGGAAUACAUAGGCCAGCUUGCGAUGGCAUCCAUGGCCUCACUUGACAUUUUCACAGAAGGAGAACAGUUUGACGCUAAAAAGGUGCAAGAAAAAAUGAGGGCUGUUCAAAAGGAAAGAGAAGAAAAACUUGCAGAAGCGCUGAAAGAUCGACUGAACCAAUAUGUUCAAGGAAACAAAGAUAGUUUCAUUAGUCAUGCAGAAGGGGAGGUCACAAGGCUCUCCAAUGCCGCUUAUGGUGUCGAUAUGUUGAAUACAAUCGGUUACAUAUAUGCAAGACAAGCAGCUAAAGAACUUGGGAAGAAAGCAAUAUACUUGGGGGUGCCAUUUAUUGCUGAGUGGUUCAGAAACAAAGGCCACUUCAUUAAAUCUCAAGUAACCGCUGCUACAGGUGCAAUUGCUUUGAUCCAGCUUCAAGAGGACAUGAAGAAACAGCUUAGUACUGAGGGGAACUACACCGAAGAAGAGCUCGAAGAAUACAUGCAGUCCCACAAAAAGUUGAUGAUUGAUUCUCUUUGGAAACUGAAUGUUGCUGAUAUUGAAGCUACUCUCUCGCGUGUCUGUCAAAUGGUUCUUCAAGAUAAUACUGUGAAGAAAGAGGAACUCCGUGCUCGUGCAAAGGGGUUGAAGACUCUUGGGAAAAUCUUUCAGAGAAGUAAGUCGAACAACGGGACGGAAGGUGAUAGUGCAAACACCCCUGUUCAUAAGCUGAACGGAGCUGAUCAGAGCAAUGGUUCUAGCUCACCAGACACAUCUCCAAAAUCUCCACCUCCCGAGUCUUAUGCUCAUGUCGCCCCUCAGAGCCCUUAUGUCGAAGCUCCUCAGUUCGGCAGCAAUCAAUUUAACUUUAACUUUCCAAUGCCAACUGCCCCUCCUGGAGCGCAGAGACAUGCUUCAUCUACAGGGAGGGAAUGAAGAACUGCUGCAGUGUGAUUUCAUUGCGUGAGCUGCUGCUGCCUGUAUUAUUACAACAUAAUUCCCCUUUGAUAUUCUAUUGUGUUUAGGAGGGAGGGGUGUUGAGUUGUUCAUUUGUUUCAUGUACUUUUUUUUCUUUUCUUUUGUAUUGAGAGUAGAGAGAAUUAUAAAAGCUGGAAUCAACUCCCCACCUUCAGAUAAGCAGGCCAUUCUGUAGAAUUAAAUAUAUAGAUAUAUAUCUUGUAAAAGAAGGAAAAUAUAUGUAUACAUGAUGAGGGAGCAGAUUUAUGAACUGAAAAUCAUCUGUUUAGCUUAAAGAAAGAAAAUUGGGCUCCCUUGUAAUUUGUAUUGGUGUCCUCUGUUGUUGUAUUAGGUUUUGGAGCUUUGGCUCCACCCCAUUGUAUGUAUAUUCAGGUACUUGAUUGAAGCUUUCCAAUUUUUAUUCUCUUUUUCAUCUU